GACGCGCGUGCUGAACGUUCGUGCCGCACACAGUGAGCGACGAAACCCAACAACGUUUUUUCACUUACGUACAACAAUAACAACAACAGCAGCAACAACAGCAACAUAUAUAAAUAUAUAGCGAUUAUAUUAGCCAGUGCGCGUGCAAUUCCAUAAAUUCCCAAUCAGCGUGUCAGUGUCUUGCCUAUAUCUAUUAUAUAUAUAUGCCCAUAAUCUAAAUCUUAUACACAAGUGAAAUGAAAGUCGUCGCUGCGCUGCGCCGUCGGCAAAACAACUCAAUUUGUUGCUAAAAAACAUUGUUUAAUUUAAAUAUAAUGACGCGCUAAUUGUUGUCGCCACGCCCCCUUGCUACACUUUAAUCAUUCCCCCCUACAAAUGAUAUAAAAACACACAAAUUAUGUUGUAUAGUGUUUAAAAAUUCGUGCAGCGUUUUGUAUUUGAAUUUUGAAUUUCUCUUGAUGCAAAGUCACUUGUCAAACGUUUUGUGUGCGAUGCGUAGUGACUUCAAGGAUAAUCACCAGGAGACCAUCAAUAAAAUGAUACAAUUUGGUACCGUUAAAUAUGGCAUUGUCAAACAGCUGAAGGAUCGUGCCAGAAGCACAGAUAAAGACAUUGCAAGCGAUCAGGAGGAAAAUGGCGCCUGCUCGCCGCUGACGACGGCAACGGUGAGCGCAAGUGCUGGUCACAGUCCCAGCGCCAGUCGCAGUCCCGCGCAGCUACAAAGCGAGGAAGAGCAAGAAGAAGAGCUGCCCAAAGCAGAAGCAGCAAGCGAAGCUAGUGAGGAUCACAAUCACAACAAAAGCAGCAGCAAUAAUAAUAACAACAAAGUGAUUAUGACAAAGCCGCCAGUGGAGGAGCAAGCAGAAAUGGAAGUGGAGACGGAGCAGCAGCUGCAGCAAUCUGCGCCAGCAACACCCAAAGCAGAGGCAGCAAAUCAACCCGAAGCGGAGGCGGAAGCGGAGGUGGAUGAGAGCGACAAAGACAAAGCUGCAGCUGCCAAUGAGCUGGAGCUGCCAGCAGCAGCGGCGCAGUUCGGAGCAGCGCCAGUUACAUUGGAGGCAAUACAAAAUAUGCAAAUGGCCAUAGCGCAAUUUGCGGCAAAGACUAUAGCGAAUGGCGCUCAGGGCGCGGACAAUGAGGCGGCCAUGAAGCAGUUGGCGUUUCUGCAGCAGACGCUGUUCAAUCUGCAGCAGCAGCAGCUGUUCCAAAUCCAAUUGAUACAGCAGCUGCAGUCGCAGCUGGCGCUGAAUCAAGCAAAGCCGCCAGAGCAGCAGGCAGAGCAGCCAGAAGAGGAGGAGGAGCAGCUGGAGGAUGAAACGGAUACGUAUGAGGAGGAGGAGCGCAUAGCGGACAUGGAGCUGCGUCAAAAGGCGGAAGCGCGCAUGGCGGAGGCUAAAGCGCGCCAACAUUUGAUAAAUGCGGGCGUGCCGCUCACAGAGGGCGCCACUGAAAGUUUAAAGCGCAAGCGCGCCGCACUGGAGGAAGUCGAGCCGGAGGAUGCGCAGCAAGCGCUUGCGAAGCUUAAGCAAAUGGAGAACAUGCCGCUGCCUUUUGGUUCGGACCUGGCCAGCAGCAUUAUAACGCAUCACGAUGAGGAGCUGCCCUCGGGCGCCAACUCACUCGAUUUGCUGCAGAAGCGCGCGCAGGAGGUGCUGGACUCCGCCUCGCAGGGAAUACUAGCGAACAACAUGGCGGAUGAUUUUGCAUUUGGGGAUAAAACUGAGGGCGGGAAGCGCGGCUCGGAGCCUUUUUUCAAGCAUCGCUGUCGCUACUGCGGCAAAGUGUUUGGCUCCGACUCGGCGCUGCAGAUUCACAUACGUUCCCACACCGGGGAGCGUCCGUUCAAGUGCAAUGUGUGCGGCAGUCGCUUCACCACCAAGGGCAACCUCAAGGUGCAUUUCCAGCGUCAUGCGCAAAAGUUUCCGCACGUGCCCAUGAACGCCACGCCCAUACCCGAGCACAUGGACAAGUAUCAUCCGCCGCUGCUGGACCAAAUGUCGCCGGAAAGUUCGCCCAAUCAGUCGCCAGCGCCGCCAGCAAGUCAAGCGGGUGCAGCGCCGCCGCCGCCACCGCCAGCGCUUAACUUUGGCGCGCUGUACAGACCGCCCAUGGAGCUGCUCAAAUCGCUGCCGCAAGCGUUUUUCAUGAAGCAGCAGGAGCUGCCCACAGAUUUGCGCAAAAGCUGCUCGCCAGUGCAGCCAGCGGUAGAGCAAGAGACCAACACAGUGUUGACUACAGUGAAGGCAGAGUUAAUGGAACAGGAGGAGCAGCAGCCAAGUGUGGAGCUGGAAGCUGCGCCCGAACCCGAACCGCUGCCACUCGAGGUGCGCAUUAAAGAGGAACGUGUGGAGGAGGAAGCUGCGCCGCCGCCAGCUGCUGUGGCCUCACCACGACGCAGUGCAUCACCCGCUGCUGCCAGCACGCCCAGACACAAUUUGCAUGCGCAUGCGUUUCCCGCUGCAAUGCAGCCCGCGCACUCGCCACAGCUGGAGCAGCUGCCCACGCCCGGACAGCUGCCGCCACGUGAGGAUUACUACGCCGAGCGCUUCGCUUUGAAUUUCAAUAGCGGCAAAACUUUAUCGCCGGAGCAUCACCCGCAUCCUCAUGCACAUGCGCACAUGCCACGCCCACCGUACUACAAUCCCAUUAAGCAUGAGCUGGCGGGCGCGCUGCUGCCACGCCCACAUAGCAACGACAACAGCUGGGAGAAUUUCAUUGAGGUAAGCAACACCUCGGAGACCAUGAAACUGAAGGAGCUGAUGAAGAACAAAAAGAUCAGCGAUCCCAAUCAGUGCGUGGUCUGCGAUCGCGUCCUGAGCUGCAAGAGCGCGCUCCAGAUGCACUACCGCACCCACACCGGCGAGCGUCCGUUCAAGUGUCGCAUUUGUGGACGCGCCUUCACCACCAAGGGAAAUUUAAAGACGCACAUGGCGGUGCACAAGAUACGCCCGCCCAUGCGCAACUUUCAUCAGUGUCCAGUUUGCCAUAAGAAGUACUCCAAUGCGCUGGUGCUGCAGCAGCACAUCCGUCUGCACACUGGCGAACCCACGGAUCUUACUCCCGAGCAAAUACAAGCGGCUGAGAUACGCGAUGCGCCGCCAGCUUUGAUGCCGGGUCACUUUAUGAAUCCAUUUGCGGCCGCUGCUUUUCACUUCGGUGGCAUGCCACAGGCGCAUGCGCAGCUGCCGCACAAUGGACAUGGGUUGGGCUCGGAGUCGUCGCAGGGCGACCUCGAGGACAACAUGGACUGCGGCGACGCAGAGGAUUUCAACGACGACAGCUCCGAGUUGGGCGUGGGCGAAGAGCCGCGUCCACGUUCCGGCGAUGAUUUCAAGUCGCUGCUGUUUGAGCAAAAGCUGCGCAUUGAUCCGCAUGGUGUGGUCAACAUCAGUCAGGCCAAUUCCUUGGGCUCAGUAUCGGCUUCUGCAUCCCCCUCAGCGCCCACCAGUCCCAGCUCACAGCCCAAGCCCAGCUGCUCACCCGACGUUACUCAGGGCGCUUUGGAUUUAACCCCACGCGCUGCUCCUCCCGCCGUUGCCGCUCCAGCUCCACCCUCGCGCUCUCCAUUGCCGCUACCCCCCACCAAGGACAAGCAGCUAAGUCCUCCGCCCACUCUACCGCCCUCUGUGGCCAUGGACUGCCUGCCGCCUGGACUGCAGCAUCAUCUGCAGCAGCAGCAUCAGCAUCUCAUUCAUGCCGCCGCCCAGCAUCAUCACCAGAUGCAGCAACACGCAGCCGCACUGCAUCAGCAGCAUCAGGAGCAACUGCGUCGCGAGGCGCAGGAGGUGCAACAAAAAGCUGCAGCUGCUGCUGUUGCCGCCGCCGCAGCCGCUGCGCAGCGUCAGACUUCGCCGCAGCCGCGCUGCAGCAGCAGCAGCGAAGCGUCUACGGCGCUGCCGCCUGCUCCGCCCAAUCCGCUAAUGAGCGCCGCUCGCCCGCCCUUCGGCAUGUUUCCCAACCUGCCCAUCUUCCCGCCCGCCACCACGCAGAACAUGUGCAAUGCCAUGAAUCAGAUCGCCCAGUCGGUGAUGCCCGCCGCGCCGUUUAAUCCGCUCGCGCUCAGCGGCGUGCGGGGCAGCACCACGUGCGGCAUUUGCUACAAGACAUUCCCCUGCCACUCAGCGCUGGAGAUUCACUACCGCAGCCACACCAAGGAGCGGCCCUUCAAGUGCAACAUCUGUGAUCGCGGCUUUACCACCAAGGGCAAUCUGAAGCAGCAUAUGCUAACACACAAGAUACGGGACAUGGAGCAAGAGACAUUUAGAAAUCGAGCAGUAAAAUGAAUGAAUGGAGCGAUGAACGCGAAUAAGCUUAAAAAACAAUCCAAAUAACGGUAAAACGACUCUCGCAAAUAAAUUUGAUCUCAAAUGCAGUGUUGUAAAGCGCCGCAAUCGAGAGGCAACAUCAAUGUUUACAGCAAAGAAUUUUAUAUUUAUAAAUUUUGUUGCCCACAAAAAAAAAAAAAUAUUAUUUGAUUGUUGUUUUAACAACAACAAUCGACUGGGGCUGGCUGGCAGUGAUUUCUUGGCAUAAACAAUUUUUUAUGAGCCACCAAAAGCGAAAUAAAAAUACAUAUAAAAAUCAAUAAUACGGGAGCAGCAGCAGAGUUCAUAGACAGAUGGCCAGCAACGUAUCCAAAGAUGCAUCAAAAGCGAAUUUCCCAAAAAAACAAAUCAAAAAGCUGGAAAAUGGAAAAUGCUUUGAAAUGAGACUGAUUGCGUUGCCGCUGGCCAUUUGUACGAAUUCGAAUUCGAAUUGGAGUUCGAAUUCGAUCUCGAGAGCAGGCGUAGUUAAAAUCAAAAUUCGAAUUUAAAGCAAAUCUAAGGUUAUGUGUUUUAAAGCUAUAUAAUCUAUACGCAAGCUAUACAUAAUAUAUAUGCUAAUGUUAAUAUAUAAACACACAUACAUAUAAAUCCAAUUCGAAUGUGCAAUAAAUUUUA